ACAACUCGACGAGCGCAGCGCGAGUCAGUCAUGGCGUCCGACAGAAUCUGCUGAAGAACAAACUGCUCGCAAAACUUUCGCCAAAAGCAUGUAACGAGCUCUCGACGAGCGCUUUAACCGCCUGGAACUGACAGAAGUAGCGAAAAAGUCGACUUUACGAGCGAGUCAUGAUCGUUGAGUGUCGAGUGUGAGUUUAAAGCUAACAGAGCGCAGCUAGCACCAGAGUUUGGCGUCGCGAGCACUUUCACCGACAGUGGAAACAGUGUAAAGAUUGUAAUAUAGAGGCUUUUAACACGGAGUGGUGAGAGGAGAGGCUCUUUAAGCGUCUUUCCGAGAGUUUGUUCGCUGUGUUUGUGAGAGCGAGUGGAGAUGGCUCAGUCGCCGGUUGCUGUUCAAGUUCCUGGAAUGCAGAACAGUCGAGCAGACCCUGAGGAGCUGUUCACUAAACUUGAGCGCAUUGGAAAGGGCUCGUUCGGAGAGGUCUUCAAAGGUAUUGACCGCCGCACUCAGAAUGUCGUGGCCAUCAAGACCAUUGACCUAGAGGAAGCAGAGGAUGAAAUCGAAGACAUACAGCAGGAGAUCACGGUGCUCAGCCAGUGUGACAGUCCUCAUGUCACCAAAUACUAUGGCUCAUACCUAAAGGGCAGCAAACUAUGGAUCAUAAUGGAAUAUCUGGGUGGAGGUUCAGCUCUGGACCUGCUGAGAGCCGGACCCUUUGACGAAUACCAGAUCUCUACUAUGCUGAAGGAGAUUCUGAAAGGUUUGGACUACCUGCACUCGGAGAAGAAAAUCCACAGGGACAUAAAAGCUGCCAAUGUGCUGUUGUCUGAGUGUGGGGAGGUGAAACUGGCAGACUUUGGUGUGGCAGGACAGCUGACGGACACACAGAUCAAAAGGGAGACGUUUGUGGGCACACCGUUCUGGAUGGCUCCGGAAGUCAUCCAACAGUCUGCCUAUGACUCAAAGGCUGAUAUUUGGUCUCUGGGGAUCACUGCCAUUGAGCUGGCAAAGGGCGAGCCCCCCAACUCAGACAUGCACCCCAUGAGGGUUCUCUUCCACAUCCCAAAGAACACGCCACCCACCCUCAAUGGAGACUUCUCCAAGAUCUUCAAAGAGUUUGUGGACUCCUGUCUUAACAAAGACCCUGCGUUUAGGCCAACGGCAAAGGAACUCUUGAAGCACAAGUUCAUUGUUAAAUAUGCCAAGAAGACGUCCUACCUCACUGAGCUCAUCGACAGGCUAAAGCGCUGGAAGGCUGAGGGCCACAGCGAUGGAGAAUCCAGCUCUGACUCUGACUCGGAGCCCAGCGGUAGGGACAAUGACUCGUCUCCUGAAUGGUCCUUCACCACCGUUCGCAAGAAGAAGCCAGACAAGAAGCAGUCCAAUGGAAUGGAUGAAGAAGUGCAGAAGAAGUCUGUCAGCUUAACCACAGUCAUGAUUCCUGUUUUCUCCGAGAUGAACGUGGUACCUUCAUGCAUUUGGAAAUUGCUCCCAAGGAUGAAUCAGACUUGUGGAGGUCCACAAUUGUUUUGGCUAAUUUCUUUAGAUUUUCCCAUGAUGUCAAGCAAAGAGGCACUGAGUUUGAAGCUGAAAUCACAGCACAGAGAUGAAGAGAUGUCGAGAGGAGUGAUCGAGGAGCUGGAGAAGAGCCUGUACAUGGCUGAGGACCUCUGCCCUGGUGUCACAGACAGGAUGAUCAGCCACAUCCUGGAGAGGGUGCAGAGGUUCUCUGUGAGUUAGUGCAGAACUGCGAUGGGUCAGUCCGAGCACAACACCCUGAAGGACACGAGCGAGGGUCAGGUCUCCUGAUCACUGCACCUUAACACACUCACUUUGUUUCUUCCACACUCAAACACACUCUCACAUGUACAACAAAUGGAGAAAUGUCAAGUUGCACACACUAUCUCAUAACCAAAAGGAAUUUUAGUGUUUCUCCCAAAGAAUGAAUAUAUAUAUAUAUAUAUAUAUAUAUAUAUAUAUAUAUAUAUAUAUAUAUAUAGUGUGUUCAGUUGUAUUUAUAUCAUUUUGCCAUGUGCUUUUAUAUUAGUCUUCAGCUGGUGCCCAAGGAUGCGUGCGUUACUGUUAUUUUACUCCAUAUUUUACUUUGAAAAGCACAAAAUGUCCCUACUGGUUAAAUAGUCUUUUUUUUUUGUUCUUUUUUUUUUUUUGCUUCAUUUAACUAUACAUUUGAUAUCCCAAUCCAUUAACUUUUUUGUUUUAAAAUUUAAACUAUGAUCAAUAAUAUUUAUGUGUGGGAGAUUAACAGUGUCUGUAUGUUUGUAUUGGUUUGGGAUUUCUCUUAUUGCGCUUUACACACUGUUACCUGUAGCAUUACAGAACUGCUGUAUGGAAAAAAAAAAAAUGCAUAUCAUAUCAGUCAAACAAAAAGAAAUACCUCAGAUUAAGCAAUCAUUUUAAAGCAGAACAGCUUGUGGCUCAGUGAAAAUCCAGUUUCAUUUAAACUGCUGGGAAAAUGGGAGAGGAAUUUUGCUGUGCAAAAGCUACCUCCACCUCUGAUCCAUAACAUUAGGAAUAUUUCAGUUUGUUUUUUUUUUUUUUUUUUUUUUUUUUGAGUAGGUAAUUCGUUUUGAAAGUUCUUGACCUUUUAUAAGAAGGAUACUAUGAAAGCCUGUUUUUGUCACAUGAAAAUAUUUUUGCUUUUAUAAGUUAUAAUUAUGAGAUACUAAAUCAUAUUCGUGAGAUAAAGUCAUAAUUGUUAGAUUAUCCUAAUUUUGAGAUACUUUUAUCUCAUUAUAACCUACUAUCUCGUAAUGUGUGUCAUAUUUGACUUAGUAUCUCAUAAGUAUGCCUUAUCUCAUAAUUAUGACUUUCAGUUUCAUAAUUUUGAUGAGUUUUUAUCUCAUAGUUAUGAUUUAGUAUCUCAUAAUUAUGACAGUUAUGGAAAUUAUAUCAUUAUGAGAUACUUAAUCAUUAUGAGAGUCAGAAUUGAGAUUGUCAGUUAUGAGAGAAUUUUGAGUAAGAAUUUUAUUGUUUUGACUUUAUAUCAAUGAAUUAGUUUUGUAAUCAUGACUUUCAAGUCAAUAUUAUGAGAUAGAAAAUCAAUUAUAUCUCAUAAUUUUGACUUUUUUUAAUCUCACAAUUAUGACAUAGUAUCUCAAAAUUAUGAUUUUCCAAAUCAUGAUUUUUUUUUUUUUUCUCUCCAAUGGGCAGAAAUGGGCUUCCAAAAGAUACAGGACUGUCAGGAUAAGAUGCUGUCUAGCAUUGGUCGUAAAAUAUAUUGCCCUUCAUUUCUCAGUGAUGCCCACUUUGACAGUGUCUUGUUUUGGAGCUAAUAUUUUUAUAUUUAAAAGUAGAGUCACUGUAUUCUUGAAGGAAAUAUGCACUUGCACACACUUUGUAUUGGGGGGGGGGCGGGGGGGUCUAAUUUGUGUUUUCAAAGCUCUCUUUCUGUGCAGACAUUCCACUUACUUUGAGUAGAUCUCAAAGAAACAUGCUUCUCUAGCCACUGGGGAAAUUUUUACAUGCAAACAAAUGCAGUUAAGCUACCCUAAAUUACCCCAAAAUGACAGCGAGUGCUUCAAGCUCACAUUAAGGGGCAAUAUAGAAACUUGGCUUUCAAGCGCUAUAAAACUGUUUUCUUUGGACAGGUUCUUUGUUUUAUGUUUUAUAUAGUUUUCUAUGAUGAGGGAUAUACUUUAUAUUUUUUUUUUUUUUUUUUUGGCCAAGCUUUUAACGGGUGCCAUCACUGGUAUGGUGGUGAUGUCAUAUGUGCUCCAGUUGGCUGUAAGAGACUAUGCCAACAGUACAUCCCAUUGUGCCUAAAGUUCACUUCUUAAUGUAAAUGUGAUGUCUCCUCAAAUAGCUUUAAAACGAACACAUGUUGCCAGCCUGCUGGAAGAUUUUAGAGCAAUAAAGGUGUUUAGUACAUUUUUAUAUUUCUUUAUAGAAAUGUAGAUGCAGAAACUAGGUUUUGUAAAUUUCUUCUUCAGAGCUUUUGUAAAUUAAGAUUGCCACACAAAUCUUUCAAUGUUGUAUCAUAUAUGCUGUCCUUUUUUUUUUCUUAUUUGACUUCAACUGUUACAAAUUAGUUUUUGUUUGGUGUGGCAAAUAAAGAUGUAAAUUAUGA